UCGUUUAGAAAAGUCUAAGUAUACAAAAUUUCAGUCACAUGAUUUAGGCGAACCAAGAGGCGAAAUGAGUCAGCCCCAAAUUGUGAUAGAUCCAUAUGAUGAGAUUGUUCUUGUCUGUAGGCUUCUAUAUUAUAAUAUACCAGGUUUUCACACCAAUGUGAAAAAAUUACAUAAAGCAUGUCAAGAGGAAGGAUAUUUUUUUCGAAUACAGGAUAUUACAAAAUGGUUAAAACACCAAUAUAACUACCAAAUCUAUCGACAGCCAUUACCUUGUAAAGCUGAGGCAAAAAUCUGGAUUGCGAUUAAAGAUAUCUAUGAGGACCCUUCUAACCCCCUUACAUGGCCAAAAUUAUUAAUGACUGAUGGUGAUGCUUCAUUCCGAGGUGUAUUUUCACGAGGAAUGCAACAGUAUAAUGUCCCAAUACGUGUUGUUGACCUUUAUA